GCCCCGCCCGGGGCCCACCCUACCCCCACCACUGCCGCGCGCCCCCUCCCCUCCCCUCCCGCUCCGGGUGCGCUGUCCUCCCCUCGUUGCCCUCCCUCCCCUCCCUCGCCCCUCAGUACCCCGGAGCCCGGCCCAGCCCCCGGACCCCGGACCCUUCCUUGCGCUCUCGUCACGUCACUCGUAGUUGAGAAGGGCUGGAGGGCGGACCUCGGGAGGAGCUCUGGACAAGACAAAGCAAAGAUCGCCGAUACCGAGUGAUACAGUGUGUGACAACUCCAGCACGCCCAUCAGUGUGGAAGCCAGUGGGAUUUGUGAUUGAUUUUCUGCACGUUCGAGUCACGGAUUUCAACAUUGCACCCGACGGAGACUCUGUCGCUUCCUCUACAACUCCAUCAAUAUUACGGUACGGUAGCAGCAUGCUGACCGAGUACGACAGCUACAUCCUGGCGGACGGCGGCAUGGACGCCAUCAGCAGCAGCGGCCAGGAGGACGCCGCCUACAUGUACCGCGACCUCGCGCCCGCCGCCGGCCACUUCGACCACGCCAUGUCGUCGGCGUGCUGGCCGCAGCAGCCGGCGCAACCACAGGAGGACGCGUACACGCUGACGGUGCUGAGCGACGCCAACGGCGGCCAGCCCCCGGGCUACAGCCUGCCGCCCUGGGGCUCGGAGCCCUGGCAGCAGCACGGCCCCGCGCACGCCGGCAACCCCUUCGACGACGACGCCGUCACGGGCUCGGACGGCAGCAGCAGCCCCGAGCGCCGCUGCGUGCGCUCGCUCCUGCACGUGGCCCUCCAGCGCGGCGGCUCCUUCGCGCAGCAGUACACCAGCUGCGGCGUGCCCGCGCUGCCGCCCAUGGACGCGCCGCUGCCCGCCAGCCCCGCGCCGCCCUGCUACCUCAGCGCCGUCAAGCAGGAGCCGAUGCCGCUCGCGUCCCCGCUGACGCCGAGCCCCGCGCCGCCCUGCUACCUCAGCUCCAUGAAGCAGGAGCAGUCGCACCUGACCGACCAGCAGCUGGCCUCGCCCGGCGUGUUCGUGUCCAGCACGUCGUGCUGCAGCCCCCGGCCCGCCACCCCCGCCGAGUCCCUGCGCAGCUGCUACUCGCCGGCGUCCUCCAACUCGGCCUUCAUGCCGCUGGCGCCCGCGCUGGGCGACGACGCCGGGGUGUCCACCACCACCAGCUACCUCCACCACGACGCCAGCGCGAGCGCCUUCUCGCCGGCCCCGCCCGCCUACAGCGCCUUCCGGACGCCGUACCCGACGCCGUCGCCCGACCCCUGCUUGCCCGCUUACCCGCGCCCCGAGCCCUACCCGGCGUCGCUCGUGCCGCUGCCCGUGCACCUCUUGAGCUCCAUGCCGACGGCCACCCCGCCGCCGACGCCCACCUCGCGGGCCGCCAAGCGGCGCCGGAGUCGCGCUGCUGCCGCGCUCAACGGGGGCGUCGCCCCGGCGCCGCGCAAGAGGGAGCGCUCCGAGCGCCAGCUGCACCCGUGCACCCUGUGCGACAAGCGCUUCAAGGACAACUACUCCGUGAACGUGCACAUGCGCACGCACACGGGCGAGAAGCCCUUCCCCUGCAUCGUGUGCGGCAAGAUGUUCCGGCAGAAGGCGCACCUCGCCAAGCACCGCAGCACUCACCAGCCCGACGAGUACGCGGCGGCGGCCGCGGCCAUGGCUCAGCACGGCGCGCCCCUCGCGCCCAUGGACUCUCUCGGCGACGUGGACGGCAACUCCAACAGCCUGCUCUGGUCCGACAAGUGCAAGGCUCCCAACGUGUGGAACCCCAACCGCGGCCCCAUGGCACAGGCACCCGCGCUCAGCUGAGUACCGGCUGUAGUCUGAGAAAAUGAAUGGUAGACCUAACUUGCUCAUUUCCGUGAUAUGCUCUGAUUGAUCUCACUGACUGUCCUAUUAUAUAAUUUCAUAUAUUUUCAUGGAGUCAAGUUUUAGUGUUAAGAGAUCUGACGAUGGCGGCUGUGUCUACUAGUGCGUGUGUUUGUGUGCGUCCAUGUGCAAUUAUUGAAUUCUGUAGUUUUUGAUUACAAACGAACCCAAGACUUUCUCUGUAAAUAAUUUGCUUGGUGACUUUGUUGUAAAUACCAUGUCUAGACUGUGAUUAAUUAGGUAGGAUAGAUAAAUUACCGAAAUUUGUGUGUCGACUUACUACGUUCCAAUUUAUGCGUAUGUAUGUGUAUUGUUUGAUCGCUCAAAAAUCGUGUAUGUUUUUGUAAAUAUCAUAGUACUUAUUCUGUCUCGUUGUUCGUUAUUGCCUAGUUAUUGCAUACUGUAUUGAUAUAGUGCGGCUGCGCUAGAUAUAUAAAAAAUAUAUUUUACAUGUAUUGAACUGUUAAGUUGAAGUGUUUUAUAAAUGAUAUUAUUUUUAUGAGA